AUGGUGCUGAAAUUCCGCAGGCAUAUUGCCAACCUUGUCGUCAAAUCGCUAUUACCCCUCUCCAUUGUGGGGCACAGCGCCUUCAAGGAUUUGUUCACGUUCCUCAAGAUUCGUACAGCUUUUGUCCCUGUCGAAGUCCUCAUUGGAAUGGAUGCGAUGAACGUCUCGCAUACUGCCGAGGGACUGCAGAAAUGUCUUGAUAAGAUUGCCAACCUCACCAUUUUGACUAGGUGGAGCCUGCUUGACAAAGUCAUGAUGGGCACCACAGACUCGCCCGCCAACAUCAAGGCCGUAAUGACGGCGCUGUGUCGGAAACAUUCGUUCGUCAAGUUUCCAUUUGCAGCCCACACUAUCCAGCUGUGUGUGAACGGUGCUCUGGCAGAUGUGGAAGAAGCCAAUCUUGUCAUUUCCAAGUGCCAGGACUUGACGCACUUGAAGAAGCAGGUUGGACUGUUCAGAGAGGUCACUGAGAACAAGCAGUUGGAGACGGAUCCAUUACAGACACCCUUUUUCAUUUCUCGACGACAUUACUACUCGAUGGAACUCACACUUUGUGCACCCUACUCUAUCAAAGGAAACCCCUUGGGUGUACAAUUGGUGUAA